GGAUGCCCGGGGCGGGUCUUGGUCCCCCAGGCGCCCGCCCCCGCCGCGGGGAGCCGCUGACGUCAGGGAGGCGAAACCCAGAAGCGGCCGCAGCAGACGAAGAAGGGAACGGGCGGGAGAGCGGAAGGAACUCGGUUUCUCCCGGGUCUCGGGCUGGGGCCGCGGGCGGAGCAUGUGGGACCCGCGCGCGUUCGAGCGGCUGUGGCGGGCCCAGUUCCCCGGGGCGGAGGCGCCGGCGCUGCGGCUGGAGACGGCGCGGGACGUGGAGCGGGAGCUGGAGCGCUGCAGCCUCAACCUGGCGCGGCUGCAACAGGUGCUGGCCCAGGAGCGCUUCAAGGCCUCGCACCUGCGCGCGCUGCUGGCCGCGGAGGGGCCCGCGGCGGCCGGAGACCCCCGGGACCCUGAGGCCGCAGUCCCCCGCGCGGGAAGGAGCUGGGCCGCCGCAGUCCACCAGCAGCUGCUGCAGCCACCGCUGCGGUUCCGCGCCCGGGAGGACAAGGCGGGCGCCGGUGGCGACUCGGAGACGCUGGAUCCGAACGAGGAGUUCGCGCUCGGCCCCUGGCUGACUGCCCCUUGCCGGUUCCGGAUGCGGGGGGACGAGGCGGAGGAGAGGCCGGGGCGCGAGAGCAGCCCCCACCGCGGGACGCCCCUGAUCCCACGGGCGCCGAGACCCCCGCGCGGGAGCCCCGACCUAGAGCAGCUGGAGGCCGAGGCGGAGGAGCCCCCCAGGCGCGGGGCCCGCGACCACCUGCCCCCGUGGAGACGCCGCAGGUUCCUGCGGGCGCCCGAGCGGGACUCGCCCGCCCACAGCUCGCCGGAGAGGGACAGCGACGGCAGCCACCACAGCUCCGACCGCGAGGACCGCUUCUCCGCAGGUGGGUGCCCCGCCAGACCCCCCAGACCCCGCGCGCCCCUCUCUAGACCCGCCGCGCCCCCCACCCCACCCCCUGGGCCGCUGACGCCCCUCCCUGGCAGACUUCGUGGCCCUGUUUAACCUCAAGGUCGGGGCUGGGACGGGCGGGAAGGCGGAUGAGAUGCGCCUGUUUACCCCAAAGCCACUUGUGGAACUUAGAAAAAAAGUGCGCAGCGAUGCUCAGCGCGGGUGACUCUGUGGAAAUUAGCCUCGCGGCAGCGGCACCAAUAAUGAAAUGGG